AUUGCAUCGAACACACACUCUUAAUACUUCUCUAUCUAAGUUUCUUCAAGUGACUCUCUCUCUUACUCAAACACAUAAUAACUCUCCUUUCUUUUCUUCUCUUCACAAUUCUUAACAAUGGAGUUGUGUAGCAUUUUAAAGUUUUUGGAGAACAAGUCCAUUUUAGUAACUGGUGGAGCUGGAUUUUUAGCAAAGAUAUUUGCGGAGAAGGUGCUAAGGUCUCAACCAAACGUGAAGAAGGUAUAUCUUUUGCUAAGGGCUGCUGACAACAAGUCAGCUACACUAAGAUUGCAAAAUGAGGUGAUUGCAAAAGACUUGUUCAAAGUUCUAAAACAAAAGAUGGGUGCAAAAUUCAAUUCCUUCAUAUCAGAAAAGGUUACUGUGGUGCCAGGUGACAUUACUUGUGAAGACUUGGCAAUUAAAGAAUUAAAUCUUAAGGAAGAAUUAUGGACGAACAUUGAUGUUAUCGUUAACCUAGCUGCAACUACCAACUUCGAUGAAAGGUAUGACGUCUCGUUAUAUCUCAACACUUUUGGAGCUAAGUAUGUAUUGGACUUUGCUAAGAAAUGCACCAAGUUGAAGGUGCUCGUCCAAGUAUCAACUGCUUAUGUAUCUGGUGAAACGGCUGGACUUGUAAAGGAGAGUCCUUAUUUCAUGGGUGACUCACUAAAUGGGAGACCUGGCUUAAAUAUUGAAGUGGAGAAGAGACUUAUUCAAGACAAAUUAGAGGAGCUCCAAGCUGAGGGAGCCACUCAAGAAACUAUUAAGUUCACUAUGAGGGACUUGGGCCUUGAAAGGUCAAAACAUUGGGGAUGGCCAAAUGUUUACGUAUUUACAAAGGCAUUAGGGGAGAUGAUGCUAUUGCAUGAAAAAGGAGACAUUCCUCUUGUCAUCAUUCGUCCUACCAUUGUAACUAGCACAUUUAAAGAACCUAUCCCUGGUUGGGUUGAAGGUAUUAGGACUAUUGACAGUUUAGCUGUUGCUUAUGGUAAAGGGAGGUUGCCAUGCUUCUUGGGUGACCCUGACUCAAUUGCUGAUGUGAUUCCAGCUGAUAUGGUGGCAAACGCAAUAAUAGUAGCAGCCAUGGCUCAUGCAAAUCAAACAGGGAAUCCAAGAAUCUACCAAAUUGGAUCAUCAGUGAAAAAUCCAACUACAUUAACAACUCUACAUGAGGUUGCAUACCAGUAUUUUAAGCGUUACCCUUGGAUUAACAAGGAUGGUAAACCUGUCAUUGUUGGCCAUGUUAGAGUCUUAGGAUCCAUGGCUAGCUUCAAGAGAUACCUUACUCUUCAUUACCUACUUCCAUUGAAGGCCCUAGAAAUAGCAAAUGUCGCGUUUUGUCAGUCCUUCAAAGGCACAUUCAUAGAACAAACAAGGAGGAUCAACCAUGUGAUGCGGUUGAUAGAAAUUUACAGACCUUAUUUGUUCUUCAAGGGCAUAUAUGAUGACAGCAACGCAGAGAAGUUAAGGGUAGCAGCAAGAGAAAGAGGAGUGGAGACAGAUAUAUUCUAUUUUGAUCCGAAGGCUGUUAAUUGGGCAGACUACUUCAUGAACAUUCAUCUUCCUGGUUUAGUUAAAUAUGUUUUCAAGUGAAACAAUUAGCAGCAAAAACAACAAUGAUUAAUGAGAAGAAGAAAAAUUGAUCCAAAUGAUUAAACCAAAGCUAUUUGCAACCAAGAUUUAUACUUAAGAAAAAAGGCGAAGUUGUUACCAGUUAUGUGGUUUUCUUUUUAGAUUUGGGGUCUGGGGCCUAAUAUAUAUGUAAUUUGCUAGGUGGUUCUAUGGACCAGGAGACUUGGAGAAAAUAUUUAACCUGUCUUUUUGGACCAUUAUUGAUAUUAUAUUAAUAAGUUUAUUAUUAGA